ACUGUAGUUACAGUCACUUUGCUCCCUGUCAUCCUGAGUCUUGGCCCAGGGUAAUGUCAUGUGUCCGGCAGCUGCGGCUGUGUUGCCGGUAGGAACCUUAGCAGCGCGGCCUGGUUUGUCACUAACACGUUUAUGGGACGGACUGUUUGUUUAUAAAUAUUAGCCAGGAAAGAAAGCGUGCGGCCGGUGUGCAGGUACUCGCCGGCUCCCCAUCGCUCCCUACCCCUGGCUGGGUGUGGGCCAUGCACGGGUUCCAGAUGCCGCAGACGAGCCGGAUGUAUACCAGCAGCUGCAGCAGGAGAGAGGCAUCAUCAGCAGCAGAGUGAGUGGAGGGAGCAGCGGUGGCGGCGGCGGCAGCAGCAGCAGCAUCGGGACUCUCCUCCUCUCCCUGCACUGACAGCCAUGAGGCUCCUCUUCCUGGCCUGCCUCAGAGCCCACACUGGCAAUGCCACCACAGCACAGAGGAUCAAAGGUCAUCUUGAAGCUGCAGGCCAUGAGGUUGAACUCCGCGAUGCAGCUGGCUUGCAGAGUCCAGUUGAAGUUGGGAUGUUGAUUGCCCAAAAGAAGUUUGAAGCAGCACUGGCUAUCCAUUUGUACAAAGCAGGAAGGUUUUUACUGGGCAACAAGAUCCCCUUUGGGGCAGUCUUUGGUGGGACAGACAUCAAUGAAGAUGUGAAGAAUGAAGAAAAAUACAGAAUUAUGGGAGAUGUGCUUGCAGAUGCCAGGUUUGCAGUGGCAUUUACUUGCAAGAUGAAAGAUGUUGCAGCAAAACACUGGCCGCAAGCAAAAUAUAAAAUACACAUCCAAUCUCAAGGAAUUUUAACCAUGCCAAAUGUGUCUUUCCAUUGUGAAGCCUUUCUACAUAACGCAGGAGUUCAGCAGAAUGCAGGGAAUUUGCACAUUUUCCUCUUAAUAUGUGGCCUCCGAAAAGUUAAAGAUCCCCUUUUCCUGGUUGAUGCAUUUGCAGAGUGGCAUGAAAGGGAACCAAAUGUUUACUUGGUUAUUAUUGGACCAAUGGUAGACCAACUAUUUACAAAUGAAGUGAAAGCCAAGCUGCGUAAUAUUGACGGAGUUUGCUUUAUUGGAGAAAUCGCACAGGCAGACCUGCAGGCUUUUGUAAAAAAAUGCUUUGCUGUGGUGAAUAGUUCGGUGUCUGAAGGAAUGUCAGCAGCCCUACUUGAGGCAGGCGAAACGAAGUCUGGCAUCGGAGCUAAUUGGAUAGCCCCAGGUGAAGCUAUGGAUUUGGAAGUUCCGGUGCUGGCAAGAGAUAUACCAGGAAAUUCUGCAAUAAUAAAACAUGAAGAUACAGGCUUGCUAUUUUCUACCCCUCAGGAGUUUGUCCAGCUGUCCAAAAGAUUGAUAAGUGAACCUGAUCUGAAAAAGAAAAUUAUUUAUAAUGCAAAACAAUAUAUUCGCACCUACCAUUCAUGGAAGCUUGAAAGAGAAACCUAUCAAUAUCUUGUUCAAAAUCUAACAAAUGAAUAGACUUUGGUGUGAAAGGAAAUUACCGUCAUUUAAAAUGCAUCAUUAUUUUAGAAGCAAUUCAUUUACUAUAUUUUGAUAUUGUGAUUUUUUUUUUCUUCAUUUUUUUAUUUUAUUUAGGAAAUUUAAAGAAAGGGAUGUUUUAAAUAUUUUUUUGCAAUGUAUGUUUUUAAAGGGAUUAUACAUAUUCUUGCUUUCCAUUUUUGUGUUUGCAUGACUCAUUUUUGUACUUUUUUGUACUACACAUUUAUUUUAUUACUUUUCUUAAUGCAUUUUUUACUUCAUUUAAACAUGUUCCUAAUUUAUUUUUUGUGUAAAUAACUUAAACAACAAUGGCCGUGGUGAUGAAGACAUUUUAUUUUUUUGUGUAAACCAGCUUAAAAAUGCUAAACAUUGAUAUGUAGAUACUGACUUUCAAAUUAUUUGUUUCAGGGGCAUUUUUCAUACAAAUUAAAUCAUUUUAUAAAUGUGAUAGUA